AUGGCCAAGGCCAGCGCGUCGCUCCCGGGCGAAGGUCGGGGCACAGGUGUGUCGGGUGAGGGAGGAGGGGUGCCCUUGGGCCCCGGCCCCAGCCGCCUGGACCGAAUCCCGCGGGACCGAUUUGAGGGACUGAGGAGAGCCUGUGACGAGGAAGGCGAGCUCAGGCGUCAGGACGGCCUGCGUCCAAGGGCAGGUGAAGAGGCAAACUCCUUGUCACGUCCUCCUGCAGCCAAGAGACGGAAGGUGGCCACCAAGGGGAAGAGAGCAGCGAAGCGGGACGUGGACGAAUUGGAGGCGCAGAGGAUGAGAACCCUCGUGUCUUCUAUGAGCCAGGAGCAGCUGGACCGUUACGAAGUGUAUCGCCGAUCAGCCUUCCCCAAGGCCACCAUGAAGCGUCUGAUCCAGACCGUGGCCGGCUCGACGGUGUCCCAGAACGUGGUCAUUGCCAUGUCCGGAAUGGCCAAGGUCUUCGUUGGGGAGGUGGUCGAGGAGGCUCUGGACGUGUGUGAGAAGUGGGGGGAAACGCCCCCACUCCAACCCAAGCAUAUGAGACAGGCUGUUCGGAGGUUACGCUCCAAGGGGCAAAUCCCCGGCAGCAAGCACAAGAAGAUCCUGUUCUUCUAG